UCGUGUGUCGUGUUGUUCUGUUCAGUUUUGUGUGUUGUUCUGAUCAUCUGUCAAAGUCUCUUGCUCCAGUGAAUUAUCGAAUCUCAGAAGAGUGUAACAGUAACUACCGCCCCUAGACCCCAAACAAUUCCUCAGAUGUUCGAAAUCCCUCCCAACAAUCAAAUCAUUGGAACCUCCACCCACUGACCCACCUCUCAGUCUAACCUCCCCAAUCAUGUGACCAACAAAUCCAAUAGACUCAAUUAAACCUCCCUCAAUAAAGCUCACAAAAAAUGUUCUUUCCACUCGGCUGGCCACGAGUCCUGAACACCCCCUCAUCCUCUUCCAUCACUGCGAUCACCUGCAACCGUGACAAGAUCCUCUUCGCGAUUCUGACCCGUUCCUCCCUAGCCAUCUGGUAUUGUAAGCCCUGUGUGCCCAUCGUCUUCAGCAGGCGAACCGACGACUGCAUAGAUAAAUACGGCGAGAAUACUCUAGUGCAAUGGCGACCGGACUCCUCGAUGCUGGUGGUCGCCACCUCGGACAGUUACCUCCUCUUCUAUCGUCUGACAGACACCUCUGGAGAGUCGAGAGGUCUCUACGAGCAGAAGGACUCGCCUGUGACGAGUUUGCGGAGAGACUCUGCGGAGCUCUUCAUUAAGGAAGUCAUACCCUCUUUGAGUCUGGUGUUUGUCAUGCCAGUGUGGAUCGAUGGGGGAAUCAGUUCACUGGUUUGCAUCAGAGAUGAGCUGAUGGUCGCCACGAAGACGAGUCACAUAGUGAGACAACGGUGGGAGGGUACUGCCAAUCGAGAUUACUCCCUCGACCUCAGGAGAAUCCCGUUUAGCAUAGAUCAACAAGUUUCAACCCCCGCUCUGCCAAUCACUGAGAACAACGUUCAUGUAACUGAUAUAGAGUACUCUCCACUGGUCGGGGGAUUCGCCAUUGUCCUCAGCAAUGGAAAAGCAGCAUUUUUAACCGCCCAAUCACUCAAGUUCGAUCCCAAUCAGGUCCAGGGGAUCUGGGCUAGAUACCUGGAGGAUGCGACUUGUGCUGCUGUCAAUCAUAAAUACAGACUGAUUGCAUUUGGAAGAGAAAAUGGAGAGGGAGUGGUGUACUAUGUAGAUGAGACUACUGGGGCGCUUGAGGUGUCCCAUGUGCUGAAUUUGUCCUCGAAGGACUAUCCGGGAAAGCCUGGAAGGGUCAAGUGUAUAAGGUGGACUCCUGACAGCUGUGCCAUCGCGCUAGCUUGGGAGAGUGGGGGCUUGGCUAUAUGGAGCACUUUUGGGGCCCUGUUGUUGUGUACGUUAAAGUGGGAUUACGGACUACAUGUGGACCUGGGGAGGGACAAUCCUCUGCAGGUCAGGACUAUGGAGUGGAGUGCUGAGGGGUAUCAACUGUGGAUGCUCAGGGAAUCACCUGGGGGGAGCGAUGGAGAGCAGAAUGGGAAUGGGGAGGGAGGUGGUGGGAGAAAGUCUGUGGUGCAGCUGGACUUCGUGAAGAGCCCGUUGACUGUGAAUCCUUGCAUGGGACAUGGGCACUUGUAUCUUCAAGGAGAGGAUCGUCUUUACUUGAAUUUGGGAGGCGUAUCAGCAAACACCCCCGGCUUUCACCUGACCAAUGACAUGCCAAAUGAUUCAUCAUCACAAACGCUGGCUGGAUCGAAGCAGUGGCUCGUGGUCCCAAUCCCCAGCACCUACACAGGCUCCAAUUGGCCGAUUAGAUAUACUGCGAUAGAUAACGAGGGGUUGAGCAUAGCUGUGGCUGGGAGAACUGGUCUGGCUCAUUACUCAUUGCAAUCCAGGAAGUGGAAGCUAUUUGGGAAUGAAACCCAGGAGAGGGACUUUAUCGUCACUGGAGGACUGCUCUGGCAUCGAGGGUUCAUGAUAGCCAGCAGUUAUUCGUUACUGGAGGACAAGGAUGAGAUCAGGAUUUAUCCGAGGGAUACGAGGCUGGAUAAUAGCUAUGUCAGGACCUUUAGAAUGCCUUCUCAGGUGCUUCUUUUGAAUACUAUGAAGGAAAGACUUCUAACGUUCUGUGCUAAUGGACAAGUCAGUAUUUUUGAUAUGGCACUGCAAGGGGAAGAAGGUUCAGGAAGUAUCGAGUUGACUCGCACCCAGACAGUCGACAUUUCUGGUCUCUGCGUGCACCCAGCCUGCGUAGUCAGUGCCACUCUUACGACAAUCCGUGCAGAGACAGCUGGAAGCCACCCACACCCAGAGAGUCUCCUCCUGAACGUUUCUGGCCGCCUCCUGAUGGUCCAACGGGAGCACUGCACAGACACUCCUGACGUUCUUUUCACCUGUUCCGCCCCAAAUGUCCUGGCCUCUUGCGUGGAAAAUGUCUGGGUGCCCUCCCGCUCCCGGCGCGAUAAGCCACACCUCACAGAGGCCCUUUGGCUCUUCUGCGGAGCCCACGGCAUGCGCGUCUGGCUUCCUCUCUUCCCCCGCAAUCACCAGGACAACGCUCACACGUUCAUGUCCAAACGAAUCAUGCUCCCCUUCCACCUUCGCAUCUAUCCUUUAGCUAUUCUCUUCGAGGAUGCAAUUCUCCUCGGCGCCGAGAACGACACAGUCCUCUAUACCUCAGACACCAACUCCCCCUUCUCCCUCCCAUUCUCCCUUCUCGAAUUGACGUCCCAGGUAUACCUCCACCAGAUCCUGCGUCAAUUAAUCCACAGGAACCUUGGCUUUCAUGCCUGGGAGAUCGCCAGAUCCUGCGCAGCACUUCCUUACUUCCCUCACUCACUGGAGCUGCUCCUUCACGAGGUCCUGGAGGAAGAGGCGACGAGUAAAGAGCCUUUACCCGAUGCUCAACUCCCGUCAGUGGUGGAAUUCAUCAGGGAAUUUCCGGGGGUUUGGGCCAGAGCUGUUGUUCAGUGCGCCAGGAAAACUGAGAUUGCUCUUUGGCCUUACCUCUUUUCGGUCGCUGGAUCACCAAAGAAACUUCUUCAGGAUUGUCUGCAGAGACAGCAGCUGGACACUGCUGCGAGUUAUUUGAUAAUUCUUCAGAACUUGGAGCCUUCGACCGUUAGUCGGCAGCAUGCGACGCUGUUGCUGGACGCCGCUUUGGAGCAAGGAAGGUGGGAGCUGAGUAGAGACUUAGUGAGGUUCCUUCGCGCCAUAGACCCCAACGACGUUGAUUCCCCCCGAAACUCUUGGGGAGGAUCUGCAAAACUCGCUGGACCCCCUCCAACGCCUCCAGUUUCUCCCCACGAGGAGGAUCUUUCCCUGGUCCUCGGAACCAUGCAGGUAUCCAGGAGCAGGAGUUACAGCACAACUGUGACUCCGAAAGUUCAGUACGAUGGAUCAUCGAAGGAUCCCACCCCAGGUGCUUCGAUGCUCGAGAAAACCAGGAACGCAGUGAUGGGAAGGAAGAAGUCCCUUCCUAGUGUCAAAGCUGAGAAGACUGAGAGUAAAGAGGGAUCUGCUGAGGAGUUUUUCAUCGAUGUAAUCCUCCAGAGACAUGCGAGACGAUUAUUAUCAGCUAGGAGACUUGCUGAUCUGGGGAGAUUUGCAGCUAGAUUGGAUUUCCACCUGGUAACCUGGCUGGCGAGGGAGAGGGAGCGAGCAGCGAGGAUUGAUGACUUCGUGGUGGCCCUAAAAGCUGUUCAUGAGGACUUUUCAUUUCCCUAUCCAACGGUGUCACUAUCGAAUCUCCAGAAGUUUCGGAAAGCGAGUCAUGUGUCGUUGAGGUCGAGGUCUGUGAGCUUGGAGAUGCCUGAGGGUCAGAGUCCGGAGCCAGUGCAGAGUUUCGUGGAUCUGCCUCCUGACAGUGGGUACACAAGCCUGCCGAGUUCUAGACCUCCUUAUGGAAGCCUAGUGUCACCUGUGGCGAGUCUGGAGACUCAGUUUCCAGUUGCUGAGGCCAAACUGACCCCUCGGAUGCUUCAGGAUGCUACUAGUGUACUCAGUGAUACUUCUACCAAUUGGAGGGAUGAUGUGGAGUCUAUUGUGGGGACGGUUUGUUGGGUGGAUCCCGUAGAACCUACUGAGGUUCACUCUGCUUCACCUUGUGGUCCGAGUAGCAGGGCUGAAGUGCAACUGAGAUAUUUGCUCCAGCUGUUUCUGGAAGCCGGAUGUGUUGGUUGGGCUGCAGUACUUGCCACAAUCCUCAGGGAUCUUUCAGCAAUGGCGAGAAGCAUCAGAGCAGCACACGCCCCCAUGCAAACUCUCGAGAGCAUCAUUAACCUGAGAGAUGGUCUCCUGAUGCUGACAAAAUGGUCUAAUUCAGAAUGCCUAGGCUACAGAAAUUUCACCUCAGGACUGCAGGCCCAAACUUCAUUAUUGAAUCGUCUCAUUGUGGUGAAGCAGCAGCAGCAAGCCCAGCAUCUCCAGGAGCACCAUCCGGAGGUGCCGGCCAGUCCUGCCCCAAGUCCUGCUCCCUCGUUCGCCAGCAAUCAGAGGGGCAACGUCAGCAGGUCCAGAAGAUCAUCUGCUAGUCAUGCCAGCACUACCACCACGACCCUCGAGGAGGAGAGGGGAGAGGUCUUCGAAGAGGAGAGUGGGUUCAGGGGGAGUUAUGGGAAUCUCAGCGGCGUGGAGAAGGAAGCAAACUCACAGAGUUGCAGUGUUUCGUAAAAAAAUGGGUGAGGUUUUAGAAAUACAGUUGUUGCUCAAUUUUUGUUUGUGCAAUCUAACGACCGAGUGGUUGAGAUACUUCACCAGUGGCCCUGAUCUUGUAUCAUAAUAGAGGGUUACAGUGACACGCAAUGUAGAGAACUGACCUUCGAGCGACAAUGACUGUCGUCGAGGGCGAUAUGAAGGUUAAUGGGGGGAGGGGUGAUGAGGAAGAAAAAUUGUAAGAUGUUUCUUUCUCAAUGCAUUGUUGACUUAUACAGGGACAUGAAUUCAGCAGUGAAGAGGUGAAACGUAUUUGGAUAAAGUAGGGUGAACAGGUUAAUUUCUGGACGGGGGUUAGUUUUUGGUCGAUUUCAACUUUCAUUGAAUAUUCCAUAAAUAAUCAA